AUGCCUCUUCCACCAGUUCAGAAAAGAGAGCCAGUGAAGGACCUACAAAAGGUCUUCCAUUAUACGGAUACCAUGUCUCGCAAGCCCACGCGAGACAACGAUCCAUACGAAUACCAAGCCGGCUUUGGAAACCGUCAUCAAUCUGAAGUUAUCCCCGGUACUUUGCCAGCGGGCCAAAAUAACCCCCAAGAGCCUCGUUUUGGGUUGUACACGGAGGGUCUUACGUAUUCGGCUUUUACAGCCCCUCGCCAUGCCAACUUCAGCACGUAUAUGUACCGAGUGCGUCCUGCCGCUGCUCAUAAUGGAUACACAGCGAACAUUUCCCACAAAUCCGAUAUCGAGAAUUGCUUCUUGACUCUUAACCCCAAAGUCGCAACGUUAGCUGAGCAGGGCGAGUGGGCACCAUUUCCACUGCCCAAGGCGGACGAAAAGAUUGACUUCGUUGAUGGACUACAUACGCUUGGUGGCAGCGGUGAUCCUAAUUUGCGGGAAGGCGUUGCCCUCUAUGUGUAUAUGAUCAAUGCAGACAUGAAUCAUCGGGCGUUCUGCAAUACUGACGGUGAUUUCCUCAUUGUUGCCCAGCUGGGUAAUUUGGACAUUCAAACCGAGCUUGGCAAGCUGUUUCUUCAGCCCGGAGAAAUCUGUGUUGUUCCUCGCGGUAUCCGAUUCGCUAUCUCCCUAGGUCCCGGCCACGAUGUUGCUCGUGGCUACAUCACCGAAAUCUGGGGGUCGCGCUGGGAACUACCGGAUUUGGGUCCUUUGGGGGGACACGGGCUUGCGAAUCCCCGUGACUUCCUCCAUCCAGUCGCCUAUAUCGAUGAGAAUCUUCAUGAAGAGUGGACCAUUGUGAAUAAGGCGAAUGGACAGUUCAAUGCCAUUGCACAAGACCAUAGUCCGUUCGACCUGGUUGCCUGGCAUGGCAAUGUCGUUCCUUACAAGUAUGACUUGACCAAAUUCUCUUCCCAAAACGCCACUGCGAUUGAUCACACGGAUCCAUCCGUCAACUGCGUUCUGACAGCCCCAUCGCGGGAUCCUGUUACUCCCCUGGCCGAUUUCUUGUGGUUCGGCCCCCGGUGGGAUGUUGCAUCCAAUACCUUCCGGCUCCCAUAUUUCCACCGCAACUCCGCUACAGAGUUCCUGGCUUCACUGUACGGCAAUGGCCUCGGGCGGUCCGACGAUUUCCUGCCGGGUGGAGGGAGUGUGGAGAUCAGUCACACGCCGCAUGGGAAUUUCAGUGACGCCUAUGUAGAUGAAAUGCGAAACCAGGUGAAUGAGCCUCGCAAGAUUCUGGAAAAUCAGAUGACUAUCAUGGUCGAAAGUAGUAGGAUGUUCCUGUUCACAGAAUAUGCCCGUGUCGGCUGUGGAACGUUCAAAAACCAGGGCACCGAUCCGAAGGUGUGGGAUGCGCUCCCCGAUAAAUUCUCCUCAUAUCCCAAUAUCCACGAAAUUCUCAAACAGGUCAAAGCGGACAAAGAAGCUCGCAAGCAACGGCUAGACGUCUUCUAUGACGAUCAAAGACUGGCAGAAUUGGUUCGCCAAUAG